CACUGCUUCACACUCCAGUUCGGCUGGUGGCGGUAAUGCACCAAAGACAGCCAUCACAUCUCAAGAAGAAAAACCAGGAUCUCAGGCGGCAGAUCUCAGGUCAGCUCCUAAGCUACAAUUAUCCCUGUGUGCACGUCAUCAGUUCAAGAACGCGUGUGUGCGGUGCAUUUAAAGCAAACGGUUUGUAAGUUCACGCGCUGCCUUAAAAUAUGCAUGCGAUUCAGUUCGAUGAAUGAAUACAUUAACACAUUGCAUGAUUUUAUUGCUUGAUUGUAUUUCGUGAAAGGUGGGGAUGGAAAAACAUUUUUACAUUGUUAUCGUAUGUGCAUUGAUGUCUUUGCACCUACUGUUAGUCCAAGGAGCCAGACAGGGUCAAGACAUAAAAUGUGGAGCAUGCAGGGCAUUAGUUGAUGAAAUGGAAUGGGCCAUAUCGCAAAUAGAUCCCAAGAAAAUGAUCCAGACCGGAUCAUUUAGGAUUAAUCCUGAUGGCAGUCAGUCAGUAAGAGAGGUUCCCUUUUCCCGCUCUGAGAGUCAUCUGCUGGAACUGAUGGAAGAGGUUUGUGAGAGGAUGAACGACUUUGACUCCAGAGUCAGCUCUAGUUUAAAGUUUGCUUGUGAAACAAUCGUUGAGCAGCACGAGGAUGAACUUAUUGAAUUCUUUGCUCAUGAGACGGACAACGUUAAAGACAAGCUCUGCAGUAAGAGGACGGAUCUCUGUGACCAUGCCCUGAAGAUACCUCAUGACGAGUUCUAACAUGAGCCGAGCACGUCAUGCCAGCUUUACCUUCGGAAAACAAUGUUCAACUUCAGUAAACAGACUGAUUCUCUUACUUGUUGAGGAUGCUGAACAUACAGAGAUCUACUUAAGUGAUGUUAGGCACAGCAUUGCAUAUGUACUUGACCCUAUGGGUUCACUGUUGACAUAUUAAUGGCGUUACCAUCAAAACUGUUCAUUGUCAUUAAUUCAAGCUGACUUUCUACAGCUAAAAAUGAGAUCUCUAUGAGUCUCUCCAAUGGCAUACUUUUAUAUUUAUAUGUCCUUGGAUGCACUUAGUUUUUAGCUUAGAAGAUAACUUGCAGUAUAUUUAUUAUAAGCACAGAUAGAGCGCCUUUGGAGUACCUGGUUCUAGUGGUGAUGUUGUGUCUUGAUGUUUUUUUUCCAGGUCAUGAAUCUGACCAGAUUACUAGUCCUCAAGUCUUAACCAAUUAGGUUACCACCAUUUUGUAUGGAAGUGAACAUCAGUUAACCCACUUUUAUGUAUUCACUUGUUUUCUUCCCACACAUUAUUGCAUUGGUUAUUGCUUCCAGAUUUGUCAACAUUCAUUUGUGUUUCUGUAUCCAUUGAGGACCAUGUAGUAUUUGUAGUUGUUAUAUUAUUUUAAUAUACUUUAAUAAUAAGAAAGCCCUUUCUUUUAGACACUGAGUGGUCACGGGUGAAUCUGUACUAAGGACAAUCUUUUUUUUUUAAAGCCCAAUAUACAAAAUUGAGCCUUAACUGUCAAUGG